AUGGCCGUGCACGGAUCGCUAGAGUCCGGACUCGGCGUCUCUGCCACGAUGGAGCCGCCUAACAAGCGCGUCGCGAAGCGCAAGCGCACCCCGGACAAGCCCGAGGAGGACGCCCGCCUCAGCCCCGAGGCCGUGCAUGUCAUUGCCCAGUCCGUGCACAACUUGCCUCCGCUGUCGGACCCGGCCGCCGCCACCCUGGCCCUGGACGCCGAGUACCGCGUGCGCCAGAUUGUGCAGGAGGGCAUCAAAUUCAUGAAGCACUCCAAGCAGAACACCUUGCUCCCGUCCCACGUCAGUAUUGCCCUCCGCGUGCUAAACGUCGAGCCCGUAUACGGCUUUGGUGCGAAGCGGCGGCGGGGCAAUCAUGGCGCGGGGGCCUUUGUCGGUGCGGUAGCGGGUGCGUUGGGGAAGCCAGAUGCGGCGGGUGGGGGGACGCAGCGGGAGGGCCAGUUUGGUCAGGUGGACGGCGUUCCGGAACUGUUUUUCGUACACGAUUCGGAAGUCAGCGUCAAGUCUCUGCUGCAGGCGCCGCCGCCGGAGCUGCCGCUGGAGGUGACGGUGAAUGCGCACUGGCUGGCGGUGGACGGCAAGCAGCCUGCGAUUUCGCAAAACCCGAUGAAGCAGACACAGAGGGAGGAGUUGGAGAGCGGGAAGAGAGAGUCAGACGGGACGGACGGUGAGGGGACACAAGUAGAGGUGAGGGCGCCGUUGAAGCACGACUUGACGCGGGAGCUGCAGCUUUACUUUCAACACGUGCAAGACGCGAUAUUCGGGGAGGAUGUGGGGCAGCUGGAGGCGUGCUUGAAUUCGAUAUCGGAGGACGCGGGGAUCGCGGUGCUGCUUCCAUACCUGACGAAGUUUGUGAAGGACAGCGUGCAGCGGUCGAUACGAGACUUGCGGGUAUUGUUUUCGGUGAUGCGGCUGGUGCGGGCGAUGUUGGAGAACGAGGUGUUCAGCGAGCUGGAGCGGUACCUGCACCAGCUGCUUCCGGCUGUGAUGUCAUGCGUGGUGGGGAAGCGGCUGUGUCGGAAUCCGCGCGAGAAUCACUGGGCGCUGAGAGACUACACGGCGGGGCUGCUACGAGAAAUCUGUGGGACUGCGUACGCGAAAGGGUACGUGGGGGUGCAGCAGCGGAUCGUGAAGACGUUUGUGGAUGCACUGAAGGACGUGAAACGGCCGCUGACGACGCACUAUGGGGCGAUUGUGGGGAUCACUUGUUUAGGGAAGCACACGGUGGAGGGGGUGGUUGUGCCGCUGCUGAAGGGGUAUUUGCCAAAGAUCAUUGGGCUUGUGGAGGAUGUACGACAGAAGAGUGUACGUCGUGAGGAAGGGUCCAAGGUAUUUGGGGCGCUGGCGUGGGCGGUGUCAGAGGAUGGGGUUGGGAAUGGGGUGCGACCGGGACAAAAUGGGGAAGCCAGCUUGAAUGGAAUGAGUGAUGGGAUGCAAUGGAAGGCGGCCGGGGCAGCGGGAGGAAAAGUGUCGAUAUCUCGCAUGUCAAGUGUGGUACCCCGUGCCGAGGAAGUGCAUGAGAGACUGUGGAGGGAGAUGGACAGGCGACUCUAUCCGUUCGGGGAAUCCAAGUCCGAGUCGGAACUGGCCGUGUCUCUAGCUGAACAAAAGAAGGCCGCUACAUAG